UCCGAUCUCACUGAAGAAGGUCGACUGUCGUGCUAUCGAUGGUCGCUAGUAUGGCUGAGCUAUGUGAGGAGGAAAUAGAUCCCAGAAUAAAGGAGGAACUUGAGAGAUUGAAUUCAUCUACAGACCAAAUCAACUCCUUGGAACUACAGCUCGAUGAAGUACGAGCAACAUUUCGUCAGGCUCUUACGGAGUCAACUCACAAUCUCAAUGAUGUCUCUAAGAAAAUUGGAAGCGCGAUAGAAAAGGCACGGCCUUACUAUGAGGCGAGGCAAAAGGCUAAAGAGCUCCAGCAGGAGACCCAGAAGGCCGCCCUGCGCUUCGACCGUGCAUGUAGCAUGCUGACCGCGGCCAAGGAGAUGGUGGACCUGGCCGAGCAGGGCCUCUUCCAGGAUGGACGCACCUUCGAUGCCAACUGGCAGGAGAUGCUCAACCAUGCCACCAUGAAGGUUGGUGAGGCUGAGAACGAGAGGACACUUGGUGUACAUGAGCAUCUCAGCACGGCUGCCAACUUCAACGAUGCAGAGAGGGAGGUUAAGAGACUUCAGAAAUCACUACGCACCGCCAUCAAUAAAUCAAGGCCAUAUUUUGAGAUGAAAGCUUCAUUCAACCAGAACCUUGAGAUGCGCAAAAGAAGAGUUAGUGAGCUAGAGAAGGAUGUUGCAGGUGCAAAGAGAGUGUAUUCAAAUGCCCUGCGGAAGUUAGAACAGAUCAGCGACCAGAUCCAUGAGCAACGUCGGACGUCUGCGUCCAAACUUGGCCAAAGAGAAUCGGGGGUAGGUGCGGAAGCCUCGCCCAUCAUUAGCGAUUCGCCGUCGCCGUCACCGUUUUCGCCCGGUCAUAAUCGGAACCUCUCAGUGGAGGUGAAGAAGAUUGACCUGGUCAUCAAGCAGCAUCGAGACUGUGAGUCGCCUCGGCAACGCUCCAAGGACGACAUGGAUCUGUCCCCGUCAAGGUCCUACAAGCUUCCGCAGAGGCCUCUGAGCUACUGCGAGGAUGCGAAGGCACCCGACCCACAUUCCAUACUGGCAUCGUUCCAGUCGACCGAACACCUUGACAAUAUCUCCGACACGCUGAGCUGUCUGUCGGAGCCCGCGGUGGACUUCGACGAUGACGAGGAGUUUGACAGCGGAUUGGACACGCUGGCCUCCAGGACAAUGAUGUCCUUGACAUUCACAGGGACGGAAGGGGACGAGAAGGGAAGUGAAGAGCAGGAAGCAGAAUCAUCGGCUCUUGGGGAAGGUCAAGAUCCAAAUAAAAGACUGGUAGGGGAUGUAUCAGAUCAAGCUCCUGCAGGAGAUGGAAGCGACACGGAAGACACUGCGGUUGUCGUAGGUGGAGAGACUCCAGACGUUGCAGGAGACGGAGCCGAGGAUCGCACCCUGAGGCAACACCAAGAAGACGAUACGGGUGAAGCCGAUGAAGGUUGCGCAGUUGAAGAAGACUGUCCUACAGAGGACCAGGGAAGGAUCCAUCCUGCAGGUCAAGCCAAAGCUGAAGAAACGAUCAACAAGGAUACAGCCAUGGUUCAGGAGAAUGGGUCUCCUAGACCUCAAGAUGCAGAUAAUAUUGAUGACGUAGGCGCUAAACAGGAGACAGAAGACCAAUUGGAGGACGACGAAUUGUUUGUGGAAGAAGAGGACGAAGAGACAGUAAAGCUGACGGUGAAUGAAGAAGAGGAGGAGACAUUUGUGUGAGGUUCUUCGAGCUAUUCGUUUUCCAUCAGGUACAUGUAAUAUGUUUACUUGCCAUGUGUGUUGUAGACCAGAGAUUUGUCCUGUGGAAGUUGACGUGUGUCAUGGUGUGUUCUCUACCAUCAACCUUGUUUGUGUGUAUUCCAAAAUGUGUGUAUUCCACAAUCUGCAAGACUUAUUCUGCAAGACCUGAUAUGUUUACUCAAAGUUAGAAGGGUGUCAACUCUUAUAAUUUUACCUAGAGUUGAUGUCAUUCUCUUUGAGGCAGACUAUAUGUCAGUGCAAUUACUUGGUUCAAUAUUUAGACAUAAGUUAUGAUAAUUUCACCUUGAAGUUGAAAUCAUAUUCACUGAAUUUUUAACAAUAUCCCUGAAAAGUACUGCAAAAUUGUUGUAAUAUUUUUAAAUUUCUCUCUCGUUGACCUGUAGGAAUUUCCCUACGUGCACACAAAUAUCAGUAUUUGAAGAAAUCCCCUUCUAUGAGUAGGAUGUAAAAGUGUUACCAAGUAAUCCUAAUAAUAAUUUGCUUACCAUCAGACUCUUCUUGUUUUUUUGCCGUGUUAAAGUUCAAUGAAAGCAGAAAAUUAUAAUCUCGACAGGAAUUUUCUUUUUUUCAAGACAUUUAUAACUAUAACAUCUAAAAUAUGUGUUUCGUUUUCACCUUUAAAGUAAUUUUGUAUCACAAGUAUGGACAAAGAUUUAUUAAGAAGAAGAAAAAAGGAAGAAAUUUGUUCAAUGACAGCAGAAAAUUAUUACAUAGACAGGAAUUUUUCUUUUUUUUCAAGACAUAACUAAAAUCUUAAAUUUGUGUUUCGUUUUCACCUUUGAAGUAAUUUUGUAUUCCAUCUCUGCUAUUCACAAGUAUGGGCAAAGAUUUAUUAAGAAGAAGACAAAAAAGGAAGAAUUUGUUUCUUAAUUAGUUGCAAGAGUACCUUUUGCUAAAUGAAAAGUAAAAAUCUGUUUUAUCAACUUUACAUGUAUCAAUCUUCUAACUCCAAAUAAUACUGUGAUUUACAAAUUUAGUAUCUGGCAAUUUUGCUGAUACAUUCAUAUGUGAGAAACUGCAUAAUUUUACAUUCAGGUACUUUUGGAUUUGCAUAUUUUAUUUUUUUCACAGAGAUUUGUUCUAUAAAUUUUGGUUCGAGAUAAGUUGUGUAUACAGUUAUAUAAAAAGGAGAACUCUUAUUUACACAUUCAUAUUUUGUAUUCUUUCUGGAAACAUGAUGUGUUUUGUAAAUUUUGAUCCGGAUAUGCAUCUAUAUACACACUGUUAGUGUACAGGUACGGGAAUAUGUGGGUCAAUAUUUCUUUGAUUUAGCUUCAGGGGAAUUUAGCCGUGUCAUAUUCACUGUAGAACAUGUGCAUUAGUGCUGGCAAUGUUGCUGUUUUACAUGUUUAUAUAUUAUAUAUAUUGACCAUGUACAUUCAGAAUAUAUUGACAUUCAAAAUAUAUCAUACAUGUUUGCAUGUUCGUGUACUUGUGGAAGAAAUACCGUACAAAUAUGUAAUUUGAAUAUAUGUUUGUGUUCAUUCAGGGUUCGUGUCACGUGUGCAUCCGUUUUAUUCCAAAAGUGCAUGUAUCAUAUGUAAAUAAGACACAGAAUAUUUAUGAAAACAUGGAAUUUUAAAAAUAGAGAAAAUUAUAAUAAUCAAUAGAAAGAAUCAUUAUAAUAGCUUUGGUGAAUUGGUAAUUGUAUACUUGUAACUAAACAACUUGAUUAUAGUGAACAUAACAUUAGUGAUUAUAUAUUAUAUUUUGUGGUUAUUUUCUUAUGCUUAAUUUGUUUGUUUUAAACUGCAUUGCAUGAGCUCUCUCUGCUAUAUGCUAUGCUUGCAUGAAGCAUACACACUUCUCUGUGUAUGCUGAUUUACAUGUAGAUAUUUAACAGUAUUAUCUCAAAGGCUGAAUGUGCUUGGCUGUUUGUGUUUGUUUCCUCAGCCACUUUUGACAAAUUGAAACAAAAUGUAUUUUCUUUUUACUUUAUUUUUUUGUUCAAUCUUACGCAUUCAUUUUUUGCACCGCUGUAAGUUAAUUAAAAUGUGUGGUUCAGGUUGUUGAGAGCUUUAUAUUUUCAUGAAAAAUGCUGAAAUCACAUGUAUGGUUUAAAUUUCAGUCAUGCACACUUUUGUCCCACUGUUUGAUUUAUGUACCUGUACAUGUAUUUUCCCUCCAAUGAGCAUGUAUUUCCCUAUUUUAGCACAAUUACCAAACCAUAUUUUGCAUAUUUAUUAAUAUUUCAACAUCAUAAUUUGUAUUCAAAGGAAGGUGCACCCUCUUUAUUUCAGUGGGAUAAAGCCUACUGCACACUGUAUACUCUGACAGUGAUCCAAAAUUUGAAGAAUUUGCCAUUUAUCUUUUAUGAAAACAUUCAAAAAUAUGAAAUCUUAUUGAUCAAGGUUCGGAAUAGUCAUUGAAUAGUCAAAUUGAAAUUUUCAUAAUAUUUAGAAUUGGAUCAGUUGGAUUGUAUAGUGUGCAGUGGGUCAAAAAAAUAUAUUGCACCAUUUCAUCAUUUUUAAGUUUUAACUUUUUGCAUUAAACAUGCAAUGUGAGUGAAAAAUAAUAUAAAAAAUAAACUCAUAUACCAGCUGGUUGAAUCUGGUUUUCCUGGUUUCUUACUGUAUAGCAUGAGCUACAGUUUAGAUAUUGUGAACAAAUUUUACAAAAUCAAACAAUCUUCAUUAUUAUGCCAAAUUCUGAUACUCUUUUUUUUUUUUAGUUUGCUGUGUACUUGUAUAUAGAAAAAUUUUCUAUAGGAAAAAAAAGACAAAGUUUAUUUUCAAUAGAGAUUCAAUAAUUCUAGUUUGUGAUACAAAUGCUAGUUGAAAUGCCAGUAUUUAUUGUAUAGGAGGAAUAUUGAUCUAGACUUCAGUGGCCAGCUUCUGACCGGAGCCCCCUAUACUUGGUGAAAUUCUGAAAAAACUUUAGUCAUGUUGCACUUAGAUAUUUUUUAGUGUGUCAACCAAGUAAAAGUUGAUGCACCAUACUAACCUCAAUAUAUUGUAAUAAUAGUAAAUUUUAGAAGUAUAGAAGUACACUGUAUAUUGCCCUCUUUACCUGUGGACUGAUUGUGUAAAAUGCCAAAUUUUGCUGCAUUCUGUAAAACUGAAAACAUUAGCACACAUGAAAUGUUCGCAAAAUUUGUGAGCGGUUCUGAUGGUGACAGUUUCAUUCUGGGAAAUAAUUGAAUCAUGAUCGACACAAGUCUAAUUUUGCAUUUCAUAAAAAGCUUCUAUUCAUGAAAAUGGCCAUCCUUGACAGUUUGCUGGAGUUUCAUGUUUGCGAAUGGUUUCUGGUAGUGCAGUAAUUGUAAGCCAAAAUCCAAUAGUAAGAAGAUGUUGAAGUAAUAAAACAAUAAUUAAAUGUAUGAGUGCAUGUUAUGCAUGUACUAUGUUUCGAUGCACCAAUAAUGUACAGGUGUACGUGAAGGGUCAUUGUCUGAAAUAUGAACCGUCAAACCUGCUUUAGUGACCACCUGUCUAAAAGGGCCACAUUUUUUGUUUCCCUUGAAAAUUGUUUCUCAGUGAAACAUGUACUAAAGGAACCUGUCUACAAAGACCACUCUUUUUGUUUCCCUUGGGCGGUCGCUAUAGACAGGUUUGACUGUAUUAUUAAUGCUACCCUAGCCCCAUAUUAUGGUAAAUGUGAAAUAGAAUACAGUUUUGCACUAUAUUUGUGUGAUAUUAUGUGACUAUUAAUAAUUUGCUGCAACAAAAAUUCAGUGUAUGCUGAAAUGUUUGCCCUUUCUUUUCAUGCAUAUUACAGUACAUAAU